CCCCGCGUAAGUGCUGUGCGCUCUGCUGCGGACCCCAGCGGGGACGCCGCUGCCGGGGGUGGGGGCACUUCUGUCGCCUGGACUUGAGACCCCCUCCGCGCGGGGACAUCGAGGCCUAUGUGACCACUCUCUAAAAUAUUUAAGCUCGAGAAUCAUGGAGCGGAGGCUGCAUGGCCCAUGGCUGCCUGCUGGCCGAGGGAAUCUGGAGAAGCCCCCUGCCUCCAUGGUGCCCGUGUUCAGCCCGCAGAAUGGCCUUCACUCCGCCCAUGCUGAGAAUAGCCCGCUAAAGCCCAGGGUGGUGACGGUGGUGAAGCUGGGCGGGCACCCACUGCGGAAGAUCACCCUGCUCCUCAAUAGGCGGUCGGUGCAGACCUUCGAACAGCUCUUAGCGGAUGUCUCAGAGGCCUUGGGCUUUCCAAGAUGGAAAAACGAUCGUGUGAGGAAACUGUUUAACCUCAAGGGCAGGGAAAUCAAGAGUGUCUCUGAUUUCUUUAGGGAAGGGGACGCUUUCAUAGCCAUGGGCAAAGAACCAUUGACGUUGAAGAACAUUCAGGUGGCCAUAGAAGAACUGUACCCCAAUAAAGCCCGGGCCCUGACAUUGACCCAGCACAGCCGGGUCCCUUCUCCAAGGCUGAGAAGCAGGCUUUGUUGCAAGCCUCUGAAAGGGGGUCACCCCUGUGGGGAGACCGAGACCGCCAAGAGCUGCAGUGAGGUGGCUGAGUCCAGGGCAGUCAUGAGACCCCAGGGGAAGACCCCUGUGGAGCCGGUGCUGGAGGACAGGGCAAGGGCCCAGAAGAAGUGGGUGAGGGGAAAAUGGGAGCCUGAACCCGGUAGCAAGCCACCCAGGGAAGCUACUUUAGAGAGGCAUGCGAGUGGAGAAAAGCACCUGGGGGUGGAGAUUGAGAAGACCUCAGGUGAAAUUAUCAGGUGCGAGAAGUGCAAGAGAGAGAGAGAGCUCCAGCAGAGCCUGCAGAGGGAGAGGCUCUCCCUGGGGACCAGCGAGCUGGACAUGGGCAAGUGCCAACGGUAUGAUGUGGAGAAGCUGGUGAGGACCAGGAGCUGCAGGAGGUCCCCCGAGGCCAACCCUCAGGGUGGGGAGGAAGGGUGCAAGGGCGACAGCCACAGGAGCAGUCCCAGGAACCCCACUCAGGAGCUGAGCAGACCCACCAAGCACACAGACAAGAAAGAGAACAGAGACCCAGGAGGUCAGGAAGGUCAUCUGCAAGGAGCAGCCAAGGCUAAAAAGGAUCCCAUGGAAGCUCAGCCUGUCAGAGAGGAGGGGUUGAAGGAGGGGAAGAAAGACACCAGGAACAAGCAUGGUGGCUGGUUCCUCAGGGAGCACCAGGCCCACUCCGAGAAGCUCCCCAGGACCCGAGGGGAGGAGCAGGAGGCAGAGAAGGAGAAAAAGCCAUGUGUGUCAGGAGGGAGAAAGAUGCUUCCCAGAGAUGACCAACCUCCAAGGGUAGAAAAGGAGCCCAAGACGAGGCCAGAAGAAAGCAAGCCCGAGAGGCCUGGUGGCCGGAAGCGGCGGCCAGCGGGCAUCAUCUCGGCCGACGUGGAGAAGCAUUAUGAGACCUGCCGAGUCAUUGGGGACGGGAACUUCGCGGUGGUGAAGGAGUGCCGGCACCGCGAGACCAGGCAGGCCUACGCCAUGAAGAUCAUUGACAAGUCCAAACUCAGGGGUAAGGAGGACAUGGUUGACAGUGAGAUCUUCAUUAUCCAGAGCCUCUCUCAUCCCAACAUCGUGAAAUUGCAUGAAGUAUAUGAAACAGAAACGGAAAUCUACCUGAUCAUGGAGUAUGUGCAGGGCGGGGACCUUUUUGAUGCCAUCAUAGAAAAUGUGAAGUUCCCAGAGCACGUUGCCGCCCUCAUGUUCACGGACUUGUGUAAGGCGCUCGUCCACAUGCAUGACAAGAGCAUCGUCCACCGGGAUCUUAAGCCCGAGAACCUACUGGUUCAGCGAAAUGAGGACAAAUCUACCACCUUGAAACUGGCUGAUUUUGGCCUUGCAAAGCAUGUUGUGAGACCUAUAUUUACUGUGUGUGGGACUCCGACUUAUGUAGCUCCUGAAAUUCUUUCUGAGAAAGGUUACGGGCUGGAGGUGGACAUGUGGGCUGCGGGCGUGAUCCUCUAUAUUCUCCUGUGUGGCUUCCCCCCAUUCCGGAGCCCGGAGAAGGACCAGGAGGAGCUCUUUAACAUCAUUCAGCUGGGCCACUUUGAGUUCCUGGCCCCCUACUGGGACAAUAUCUCUGACGCUGCCAAAGAUCUGGUGAGCCGGUUGCUGGUGGUAGACCCCAAGAAGCGCUACACGGCCCACCAGGUUCUUCAGCACCCUUGGAUUGAAACUGCUGGGAAGACCAGCACAGUGAACCUACAAAAAGAGGUGUCCCCCAGCAGCGAGUGUCCCUCCCGGAGCCAGCACAAGCGUUCUGCAGAGCAGGCAUCAUCGUCACCGCCUCAGGCGCCUGUCCAGCCCCCGGUGCUGCUCCAGGAAGGAGAAAAACGUAGAAGCCUAGGAGAAAAGCAAGGAAAGGGGCUUCUUCAUGUCAUUGGAGAGUCAGGGGAAGGAGAGAUGCUCAAUAUAUUUUAAAGCUUAUUAAAAAAAAAAUCAACUCGAGUCUUAGCGUUAACGGUUGUGACAUAUUUUUAGAUUUGUAUAUUCGAAGCCUUUAAUACACUUGGAGAGGGGAAGACUUGUUAUCCGUGAGGAAUUUUGGGUAAUAAUAAUGUGUUUUGCUUCCUCUUUGUAAUCAGUUUCAUGGUAUAUACUUCAUGAGUGGUGCUGAUUCGGGUCUCAACUCCCCCUGUGAGAUUAAUAAGGUGAAUCAUAGUCUUUCUGUGUUAAUAAAACGUGCUCUGAAUG